CUUUUAUCGAAUUCUUAUCAAUUCUUUUUCAAACCAGGUUAGCAAAGAUUUUGGGAACUGAUUUAAGUGGAAAAGAAAAUAUAUUCCCGUUUUCUAAUAUUUAAAAGAUUGACAAAUGAGGAUGAAUUUCUACUGAGAAGGCAAGACGCCAAGAUACAAAAAGAGUAGAAAUUGUUACCUUCCAAAAUUUGCAGUGAUGUUGCUGCUGCUUUUUCUUAUGAGCUCCAUUUUUUCUAGAGCAACAGCUCAAGAGAGAGUUUCCAAUAUUAGACUAGGUUCUUCACUUACUCCAAAUCCAAAUAACACUUCACACUGGUCCUCAGAUUCUGGCCAAUUUGCUUUUGGGUUCUACCAAGAAGGGGAUGGCUUUGCUGUAGGCGUAUGGUUGCCAAAAACUCAGCAGAGAACUGUCAUAUGGUCUGCAAAUCGUGACACUCGGCCACUUCCAAGAGAUGUCACUUUGAUCUUGAGUAAUGAUGGUAAGCUCAUCUUUCAGUUUAAUCAAGGCCCGCAGAUACCCAUUUCAGAUUCUAAUCAGUCCGCUUCCUCAGCCUCGAUGCUUGAUUCGGGUAACUUUGUACUCUACGAUUCAGAAUCAAAGAUCAUAUGGCAGACGUUUACCACUCCAACAGAUACUAUUGUAUCAGGACAGAGUCUUUUUGCAGGGCAAAUCCUGAUAUCUAGAAUCUCCAACACAAAUCAUUCAAGUGGAAAAUAUCAACUCAUUAUGCAAAAAGAUGGGAACCUGGUGAUGUAUCCUGUAAAAUAUGCAUUAGCAACGGUUGAUGCUUACUGGCAAACGCAAACAAAUGGAGCCGGAGAUAAUGUGAGUUUACAACUUGAUAAAAACGGUCGGUUAUACCUGCUAAAUGGCUCUGCUAUUCUGAAGAGAGUGGAUGAUAGAAUAACCAUAUCUGGUUACUCGAUCUACCGCGCAACGAUUGAUGCAGAUGGAAUAUUUAGGAUGUAUUCCUUUAACCCGGACCAAAAUGAUAAAUGGUCAAUUGAGUGGUCAUCAUCAAACAACAAGUGUGAUCCAACUGGCUUGUGUGGCUUAAAUUCAUAUUGUACUCUUCUGGAUGAGGUCCCUUCAUGUUUUUGUCCUCCUGGUUUUGUUUUCAUUGAUCAAAGCCAGACAAACUUGGGAUGCAAGAUAAGUUUCCCUACAGUUGAUUGUAAGAGUGUGGGUAAUAGUAACUUUAGCAUACAGGAGCUUAAGGAUAUAUCAUGGGAAGACAGCCCGUAUUCUAUUCUCUCGGCCAACACAGAAACUAUGUGCAGAGAGGAGUGUUCAAGAGACUGCAAUUGUGAGGCUGCAAUUUAUAAGAAUCAAGAAUGCAGAAAACAAAAGCUUCCUCUAAGAUAUGUGAGAGACCUAAAAGGGGAACAAAUAACAUUGUUUAUUAAGGUAAGCAUCGGAAGUUCAAGGACAACAAUGGGUGGCACACAAAGAAACAACAAGCGACAAAGGAUUGUCCUCAUAAUAGGCAUAGUACUUUUAACUCUUUCAAUUUUUCUUCUAGCAACCUUUUGUGUUCUCUUCUACAGAUAUCGGAUUUGGAAUUAUAAAAAGAUUUCAAGUCAUGCACAUGAUGAAAUGUUGGAAGAUGUCACUUUGCGAUCAUUCACAUAUGAUGAGCUCAACAAAGCAACAAACAAUUUCAGGAAUGAAAUUGGUAAAGGGGCUUUUGGGACAGUUUUCAGAGGGAUCUUAUUGACUAGCAAUAGAGUAGUGGCCGUCAAGCGGCUUGAGAGAGGGGUGGCUGAUGGAGAAAGGGAAUUCCGGAAUGAGAUGAAAGUAAUAGGAAGAACCCAUCACAGAAACUUAGUUCGACUGUUUGGUUACUGCCAUGAUGGAACAAAUAGGCUUCUGGUGUAUGAAUUCAUGAACGACGGCUCACUUGUAGAUUUCCUCUUCAAUGCCGAACAAAAGCCAGCUUGGGAGGAAAGAAUUGACAUAGCCCUAAACAUAGCUCGAGGCUUAUUCUAUUUGCACGAAGAGUGUGCCACCCAGGUCAUCCACUGUGAUAUCAAACCUGAAAACAUACUAAUGGAUAAGAACGUAGGUGUAAAAAUUGCAGAUUUUGGUUUGUCAAAGCUACUAAUGCCUGAUCAAUCCAAAACAUACACGGGAAUCAGAGGAACAAGAGGAUAUGUUGCACCAGAAUGGCACACGAACUUACCCAUAACUGUCAAAGCAGAUGUGUACAGCUUUGGAAUUAUGUUGUUAGAGAUCAUAUGUUGUCGAAGGAACGUGGACAUGGAUGUUCCAGACGAUGAAGUAGUACUUGCAAACUGGGUCUAUGAUUGCUUCGAGGCCAAGGAAACCAACAAGCUAAUAAAGGACGAAGAGGUAGAGGAGAGUAAACUUGAGAGGAUGGUUAAGGUGGGACUUUGGUGCAUCCAAGACGAACCAACAUUGCGACCAUCAAUGAAGAAGGUAGUACUGAUGUUGGAAGGGACAGUAGACAUACCAGCUCCUCCUACUCCUCCUUCCUUUACCAGUUCUGUAUAAUUUCCGUAACGAAUUUGCACAUAAGUAGCUCUGAUGAUUAAAUAAUCAGUUGUAUUGUAGCCCUAAUAGCAUCUGUUUCUUUUCCUACAUUUCAAAUACUAUUCUGCAAUUCAAAAAAGAAAUUGAUCUCAAAUACUAUCAUCUGCAAUGUA